UGAAGUUUAUUUAAAUCGCCAACGAUAUAUACUUUAAAUCAUAUACAAAAUAGGCUAUAGUCAUUCGGUGAAGUGGAUACUAUUAACUAUGUACUCUGUGAUAUCAAACGAGAUCACUUCCUUGUUCGAGUUUUAAACAGUAAAUGCGCAUUUUUGUGAAAGUUAUGUAGGAAAGGGAUACACAUAUUAACCGCUGAGAGACAAUAGUCAAUACACAACUGCCUUUAGGAAUAAAAGUGACUUUAUUAAUAAGAAAAUAUGUUAUUUUUUGUGAUUUAUAUGGUGUUGACUGGAGUAGCAGUUAAUUCACAGCAAUCAGAAGAGGAUUGUCUAUGUCAGACACCAUGUGACAAUGCUUGUCCAGCUGGGUUGUUUUUAUACAUUUCUAAUGAAUUUGUAAAUAGAUCAGAAUGUGUUUAUCCAACAACAACUUCAUCAUAUACAAGUACAGAUAUGUCUACAGCAGACACAACAACACACUCGAUGAGUACAAGUGCAGUAAACAAUACAACUGAAAUUUCUGGAGAACCAAAACCGGAAGUGUUUUAUUUAUGUGGGUCUUCCUGUCCAGAAGGUUUCUUUGCAAACAGUAGUAAUGUCUGUGUUGCCUGUGAUUCCAAAUGCAAAAACUGUACCGGAAGUGGGUCUACAGUAGACGUUUGUUCAUGUCUCCAUGGGAAUAACAAUAAUGGUACCUGUCUUGCUGAAGCACCGGAAAAAACUGGUUUUGAUAAGGCCAUUAUCAUUGGUGCCGCUGCUGGUGGCGGUGCAGUAGUAGUGAUCAUCCUCAUUGUUGCUUUAGUGUACAUGUACCAAAGAACAAGACGAAUGAAUAUUCAGAAAUCCUCUCGGAUGAGUGUGCUUUUAGAUACUAGAGAUAACAGCAAAGAUAACACAGUUCAUAUCAUUGAGCAUGAGAACGAUCAACGACGUGGGAAGAAUCCGACACUUCAACGACAAAACUAUGAAAAUACCAAUACAAUUGAUGAUUCUAAAGUAGCUGCCCAAGCUCAGCGGAACCAGGAUAAAAUAUUUAGAUACGUCAAAGAUCCAGCUACAGGCAAAACCACCAAAGUUCCAAUGGCGAAUGUGAACCGAGAAAGUGAUGUUUAUUCGAAUGCUUCUGCCAUACGCUUACAAAAAAAUAUUGAAGGUGCGUCGUCUGAAGACGUAGAAUUAUCAGAGUUAGGGGAAGCACCAAGACCCCCGGCAGCUAUCUCAAAAAAGAAAAAGAAAUCUAUGUUCAAAAUUUCUAUGAAAAAAAUAUCAGUAAAGAAAUCUAAACAACCGAAAGGUGCAAUAAAUCAAGCAAUGGACGAUCAAGAGGAUUACGAGGAUAUGUCGGGACAACAACCGCACCUUAGUACCGCUCAAUUCGACGCAACCGCAGAAGAUCCUCAAGAGGAUUAUGCGAAUUACCAAAAAGACCAAAAUGACAGUGACAUGCCACUGGAAGAUUAUGAAAAUUUCGGUAAGACUUCUGCGUUAGUUAAUCAGAACCAGACUGUUGAGGACGACGAGGAUCUGGAAGACUAUGAAAAUGUGCAAAAUGCUCUUUCUAAAGCUAAAAUAGACGAUGAAGAUGAUAUGGAGGAUUAUGAAAAUUGUGCUAUUAUACCCACAAUUCCUAAUAGAACAAAUAUGAUGAUUGCCGAUGACGAACCAUCGGAAGAUUAUGAAAAUUUUAAUAGAGAAAAUCCUUAUAUGAAUGUAGGGGAAUUGAAACCGUGAUUAAGUUUGGCUAAAAGUGAUAUAGGUGGUUACUAACAAGUGAUUUAGAGGCGAACAAAACAGUGAUUCAGAGGCGAACAAAAAGUUGAUUUAAAGGCAAACAAAAAUAAUAAUCAGAGGUGAACAGAAAAUAUUACUCAGAAGUAGAAAGACUACGCGACCAAUACGACUUAACAAACAAUGUUUCAAUUCACUUUAACGUCCUUGAGUGCAAUAUACUAAUGAGUGAAAGUUCAAGCUUGUCAUACCAAUUGAAUUCGCUAACGCACUAAAUUCCUCAUUCGUUUUCAUAGACUAAAAGAAUGAAGAUAAGUCUCCAUGGUGUUCAAUAUGGCCACCAUCUCUUGCGUUUGCAAUAUGAUAUUUCAAUAUUUAUUGGUCUAAAUAUUGCAAUAAUUGAACUUUAAUGAUAUAGUGUGUGAUAAGGCAACGUUUGGCUACUUAAAAUGAACUACCAUAAAGUAAGAUGGGCUGAAAUCGGAUUUAAAAUCUGUUUUCAGCGUAGCUUACAUGUAUAUAUAAAUUAAUUGAAUUAGACUAAUUAUAGCAUGAUCGAAGUGGCGAUUCCAUCCAUUGAAUCAUAAGACAUGACAAAAGUAACUGUGAUAUUUUGUGUAUAUGUAUCUAGCUUUUAUAAUAUAUAUUCUUAUAUUACAAACUUAGCCAAUUGCCACUUGCCAUUUUUGUCCAUCCCAUCCUAGUUGAACUCCUUGUUUUCAUUUUUCUGUGAAAAUAUAUAAUCGUUUAGUUCUUCAAAAAUAUGUAUUAAUAAUAAUAAAUUCUACAGCUUUUACGUUUAAGGAUAGUCCUUGAAUUUUGCAAAUUUGAAUAUUUCUAGAAUCUAACUUGACUUUCGAAAAUUCAGAUUUUUCUUAUUUUUUGGGUGAAUCAAUAUGGCGUAAAUAUCUUUCAAUUCUUUCACUCAAAAUCAGGGGUGGAUCAGGCCAUUUUAAAUGGGGGUUCCCAACCCAGGACAAAAAGGGGGGUCCAACUAUAUGUCCCCAUUCAAAUCCAUUGAUCAUUCAAAAAAGGGGGUUCCAACCCCCGGAACCCUCCCCUGGAUCCGCCACUGAAAAUGAACAUGUGCACAUAGACAUGUAUAAAGUUAAAAUUAUCAAAGAUUUUAUAAAACCACAAGCUUUAAAUUUGCAUUUUUUUUUCAUUUACUUGUAUUCAAUAAAAUUUAACAUGUGAUGUUUAUAUAUGUUGAGUGUAUGCAUAAUAUGUGAGUACGUGAUAAAAAUAUAAAUGUUGGUA